AUGACGGUAAGUAUAACAAUAAAAGAUGGCCGUCGUAGUCGACAUGAGGUCGUCACACGAGGGGAUCCCAAAUGCAGCCGGUCGCACUCACCGUCCAGGGGCGGAGUGAAUGUGUCCACCAGUCUCGCAUCCGGCUGGCUGUUUCUGGGUUGUCAAGCUCUGGUGAACGUCUUCCAAGAAAGGGGGGCCGAACCCAUGAUCCGAGCGGAUGCCUUGCAUUGUCUGAAAGGUCUGCAGCCGACGCAACGCGACAUGUGUCGUGUGGUCGAGGCCGUGAUGCUGCUACCUCGAAACCCGUUCAUCAUCGCCUCGCAUCUGGCUUGCCCUACGAGUGCAACAAGCAGCUGGUUCAGGCCUACGAUUGAACCUGAAAGAGGAGGGAUCAACAAAUUUCUGUGA